UCCAUGCUGCAGUGUGUAUACAGACCUUUUAUAAACAAUUGUCUGACUGGACAUUUUCUGGUAUGUUUUUGAAGAAUCCUCAAGUCUGAAUAUUUAAGCCUGCUGAGUCAUUCACACUGGUAUGAUGCCGCUGUAGCUGCCUCCCCCUCCCUCACUGGCUCAGGAAACGGGCUAGACAGUAAGCAGCAGCAGCAGCAGCAGCAGCACCAUCGGCCGUCCUCUACUGCCUACUGAUACCAACUAGCUGAUAGCUCUGGCAGGGUUUGUAGUUGUUGGGCAAGGAAGCGGGAGGUGGGGGAAGCUGAUGUCAAUAUCAGGAGUUUGUGAGCGCAUCAGCAGUCAUGUCACAUGCUGCUAGGUGGGUCAGCCAUGCAGACGGAGAUGCAUGGCACAUUCAACGGGCGCAGAGGCAGCAGGUUAGCUCCCCCUUCGUCCAGGAGUCAGACCUGGCUGCAGUGGGCAGCAGGAGGAUGCUCUUUGCCAACUGUGGCGGCAUGCCCAGCUCCCAGGAGAUUCAGUCGUCCAGGCUCCAGACGAGCAUGGCAGACCUUGGCCUGGGCCUGCAGUCUCUCCGUUUGUCUGGCUGGGACAGAUCCUGGAGCAGCCAAGAGACGGAGUCCCUCGCUUCUCCCUCCCAGGUUCAGACAAGCUCACAGUCAAUGCUGGGCAUCCUGAACAGUCCCUUUAGUAGCCUCCUUGGAAAGACGCCAGCCUGUCUGCCCACAGAGUCCAUGAGCAUGACUGCUGACUUCCUGGAGAAGUUCCCCAGCAUGGCUCGCAUGGCUAACCGUCUGGACUCCAGCUCUUUCUUGGACUCGCGCUCCAGCAGUCCCGAAGACUCUGAGACUAGUGGCUUCAGCUCUGGUUCCGACCACCUCUGUGACAUGCUGUCUACUCUGCGGAUUUCUCCUCCCCUGCCUUACCUUGCAUCAAACAUGCAGAAGGAUCUGCUGCGAAUGGGCUCCCGUCUGGACCCCCAGGACACCAGCUCCCCUCUGACCCCACCAUCCAGUGCCAGCCCGACCUCUGCCCUUUCCCGCCGCUGGCGCACGGGCUCUCCAUGGCCUGGUACAGACAUGCUGGACCAACCUGAUGAUUCAUUUAGUAUUGAGAGGGAGGCACGUCUGCACAGACAGGCUGCAGCUGUGAAUGAAGCUACUUUCACCUGGAGUGGUCAGCUGCCGCCCAGAAACAACAAGGAUCCCCUUUACUCCUGCAAGGUCUUUCUUGGUGGUGUGCCCUGGGACAUCACAGAAGCUGGGCUCAUCAACACCUUUAGUGGCUACGGUCCUCUGACUGUGGAGUGGCCUGGUAAGGAUGGAAAACAUCCUCGCUGUCCUCCCAAAGGUAAUGUGGCCAAAGGCUAUGUCUACCUGGUUUUUGAAAAUGAGAAGUCCGUACGGGCCUUGCUCCAUGCCUGCUCCCAGGACCCAUUUCACCCUGAGGAUAACAGGGAGUACUACUUCAAGAUGUCUAGCCGCAGAAUGCGCUGCAAGGAUGUGCAGGUUAUUCCCUGGGUGAUUUCUGACAGUAACUAUGUGCGCUUCCCUGCUCAGCGUUUGGACCCCAGCAAAACUGUGUUUGUGGGUGCACUGCAUGGCAUGCUAAACGCUGAAGCACUGGCCAGCAUCAUGAAUGACCUGUUUGGAGGUGUCAUGUAUGCAGGCAUUGACACAGACAAACACAAAUAUCCUAUAGGCUCUGGGCGUGUGACUUUUAACAAUCAGCGCAGUUACCUGAAGGCUGUGUGUGCAGCCUUUGUGGAGAUUAAAACACCAAAGUUUACAAAGAAGGUCCAGAUUGAUCCUUACCUGGAAGACUCAAUGUGUCAAGUUUGCCUUCGCCAACCUGGGCCUUUCUUCUGCAGAGACCAGGCCUGCUUCAAGUACUACUGCCGCUCCUGUUGGCACUGGCAGCACUCCAUGGACAUCCUGAGCAACCACCGCCCCCUCAUGCGCAACCAGAAGAACAGGGAUUCCAGCUAGAUGUCAUGGAUGGGCUGGAGAAAGUUCCCCCUUUUGGCGAGGCUGCCGAUGACCAAGGAGAGCACGUGCCAGACAUCCCUCGGCGUGAUGGGCGGGGCACUCCACCAGGCACUGGGAUAUCACUGUAGGAAAUGUUCACUUUUUGCACUUGCUACAUUUUUGCUGUUCACAGUUGGCACUAUGCACCGUGACCUUGUCAGGAGAGACAAGGGACCGUUCACUUUGAAGCAUUUUCUCAGCCCUUGUGGCCAGACACACCCUCAAGGGUCAGCAAAAGGUUAGGAAGCAGAUGAAAAUGCCUUUUUUCUUUUUUCUUUUUUUUGACAUAUGUUGCAUAGUGAAGAGCAAUCACGCAAGUCUCAUUGCCGUUCAUUGGCUAAUGCCAUACAGUGCCUUUAACUUUUUAGUUUUUCCCUCCUCCCCCUUCCCCCGGUUGGCAUGUUUUUCCAGUCUGAGCCAACUGGCGUUUCUUACUUUGGGAGUUGAACGUUGGGCUUCAUUUAACCAGUCGCAUUUCAGACUUUUACGCAGUUUUUUACUCAUUUGUACACACAGCGGUUUUAAGUCAGAACAUGAAAAAUUUGAACAGAAUUCUACCUGGUGGCUGUUUGAGAAAACCCCUUUUUAUUUUUUUCCCCCCAUUUUUCAGACUUUUUUUUUUUUUUUUUAAUUUGCCCUCCCAAAUUUCAAGGUGAUGGGCAGAAAGUUGCAAGUCCCACCUAACUUGCUUUGUUGCAGUUGUAUUAAAUGCUUGUUACAAUACUGCUUCACUUGCUCAUUCAUCACGUUUCUAUCAACUGAUGGAUCUUAAAGUGAGUUUUUUUUUUUGUUUUUUUGCACUUUUUAAUUUGCACUUGUGGAAAGGUGGCAUUGGUUUUAAUCACAUUUGUACAUCAGCAGGGGAACAUGCCCAUGUCAGCUGCUUGGUUCCUGUUGAGUGUAAGAACUUCCAUGUUGCUGAUAAAUUAGUCCAGCCAGACCUUGAGUAGACAGCCCCCCCCCCCCCCCCCCAGUAAAGCAUCCACAUUUUCAAAGCCUUCUUUGCCUUCCUGUUGGACAUGAUCACAUCAGCUGUGUGCCAAAGACUUUCUUUUUCCAUUCAGUUGAUCAUGCUGAGCUUAUUGUCCUUUUAGGCCAGCUGCUUUUUAGAGUUUUCAAAGUCUACCUCAUUGUGGUCUGCUUACAGUUGUGGAGUAUGUUCAGAUUGGGCACAAUAAAGGUGUUUAAGCAUUACUCUGUCUGGACUUCAUUCAAAGCCUUUUUAAAUCUAGUUAGUCCUUGAUGUAUUAUGAAUUUGGCAGAGAUGGUGUUUGAAGACCAGUGGUAGUCUUUUGGGUGGCUCAAUUAUUGGACAGUAAAAAGUAGUUUCCUGUCCAACGGGCUGCAAUGGAUGUCUUCAAGCCAAGUGAGAAA